AUGACAACAGAAAUAACCGAAGAAAAUUCACCUCAAGCAACUAAAUCACUCGUUCAAAUGAUUGAAUUCACAAAAGCUCUAACCCAAAGACCAUCUCACUUAGUUAAUGAUUCAGAUGAUGACAACAGCAUGUCUAGUUGUGAAUGUUCAUGUCAUCCGAAAGAUAAAAAGUUAUUUUUCAUGGAAGAUAUUCAAAAUAAUCUUGAUUUACUAAAUUAUAAUUUGAAGGAAAAAGUAAAAGAUUCGAAUCAAAAGGACGAUAAACAAGAUGGUUUACCUUCUGAACAAUCAGAACGACCUUGCAAAUGCUUUGCUACAAAUGAACCUGAAAAUGAAAUCUUACAAAACUUUAAAUCUUGUGAAGAAUGUAAUGACAAUUGCGUUUAUAAAUGCCAGAAAUCAAAAGCUUGUACAGAAACGAAUCUUAAUGAAGACGAGGCUAUAGAUUCAGGUCUAUCACCAACUGAUUCUGAAUGUCAGACAAUAUGCCAAAUUCAUUGUCUUAAGAGUCAUGAAAAUAUGCAAUCAGAAGAUGAACCAACUGAUAAAAAAAGAUUUUCACUUCUAUCAAACCUAUUUCGAAACCGAAGCAAAUCUUGUGACACCAACAAAAAUGAAAAAGAAAAUCUUAAGGGCAACAAACGAGAAAGCAUUUCCAGUCUUUUCAGAAAAUCUUUUAUAAGAAAAUAA